CCGAAGUCCCGGGGAGCAGUCUGACUCGGGCAGAGUCUGCCCCCGAUCCGGUAAGAGACGACUCUUUUUCAGAGAAUAUGACUUCUACAACUGAGGAUUUUAGAGUGGAGAACAGCUUUUCCCCUCAGCCUGGCCCAAGCGGGUUACAGAAGAAACUCCCACUAGAUACUUCCCCUGAUAAAUGCCCUAUCUGCUUGGAUGGGUUUGAAAAUAUGGCUUACCUAGAUCUGUGCUUUCAUAGGUUUUGUUUUCGCUGUGUACAGGAAUGGUCUAAAAACAAAGCUGAGUGUCCUCUUUGCAAACAGCCUUUUCACUCGAUUUUUCAUUCCGUAAGGGCUGAAGAUGACUUUAAGGAAUAUGUACUCCAACCCACCCAAAAUGACUCAUUUUCCAAUCCCGGCGGGCAGAGAUUUCGCUACCGUACUACUAUGAUAAGGGAUCGUGGUGCCUCUUUCCGAAGGCCACAAGGAAAUGGAGUACUCUUGGAAAGACUGUCCAUUCCACCAAGAGAGAGAAACAAUGACAUUCAACAUAUACUGAGACAGUUUGUAGCAAGAUUACAAGCCGAAGCAAGGUCCCUACCACAAAUCCAAGAGCAAGAAGUUAUUAGGUUCCGAAGAUCUCUCUAUCGCCGUGGUAUGCGGGUUCAAAGUGUUGAAGAUGGUGGCCGCUUCAGGGAUAUUUCAUCUGAAUUCUUCCGAAGAAAUCCUGCUUGCCUGCACAGAUUAGUGCCGUGGUUAAAGCGGGAACUAACGGUUCUCUUUGGUGCCCAUGGGUCUCUAGUAAAUAUCGUUCAGCAUAUCAUUAUGAGUAAUGUUACUCGUUAUGAUUUGGAGAGCCAGGCCUUUAUUGAUGAACUGAAGCCAUUUUUACUUAAUCGAACUGGGCAUUUUCUCCAUGAAUUUAUCAGUUUUGCUCGAUCUCCUUUUAACAUAGAGGCUUAUGACUUGCAUGCUAAUUAUGAAGAUCCUGCUCCGCCUCAUGAGGAAGGAAGCCAAUCUGAUUCUUCAGUUAUUAUGAUAUCUGCAGAUGAAGCUGAAACCCAGGAGCUAAAUUUGAAAGAACCAACAACCGCUGUUACGCAGGCACCCUGGGACGAUGAAACUCCAGGACCAUCCUACUCUACGGCAAAAAAUGUUCAUACAACUUCUUCAUCUUUUGAUAGUUUUGAAAGUUCAGGUGAGGAACCAGUAAGAGGUGAAACCAAUUCCUAUGUACAGGGAGAAACAAGUCAGGAUUUGAGUGAAGACUGUGUCAUUGUUGGGUAUGUCAAACCAUUAGCUGAGAGAACCCCGGAACUUGUUGAACUGUCCUCGGAUUCUUCAGACUCUAUUUUUGAAGGAAAAGCCGACGCUGUGAAGAAACAAGGGGAAGUGCCAUUUCAGAGUGACAGCAAUAGCGAUGCUAGCAGCUGUUCUAAUGAAACACAGUCAGUUGUUUCUAAAGAUGAGCACAUAGUAAAAUGCCAUAAGCCUGAUACCUCAUCCUCUGAUCAGAAAGUAACCUCAAAAAAGGACAAAGAUAAAGAGUCAGCUUCGUCUUCUCCCAGGAAUGGGGAGAGCUCUUCGGCAAUAAAAUACCAAAAGGAUUCCGUGAGCAUCCAAUCCAGAAAGCGAGAAAGGAGUUCUGAUUCACAUUCUCAGGACAGCAAGCACGGACGAGGAAAGAGGGGCCGCAGCAAACAUCGUAGAAAGAACAAUAAACAUGUUAGAAGAAGGAGCAGCAGCAGUAGGUCUAAAAGUAAACGACUGAAAAAGCGGAUGAGAACUAGAGAGCGUAGUCUGUCCAGAAAGAGCAAGAGAGUGUUUCCAAGUAGGGAAAACAGAUCAAGAUCCCGAAGCAGGGGUCAUAGUAAAAGAAGAUCAAGAAGCAGAGACUAUGAUCAUUAUACCUUUAAAGAUACUUAUGGGAAUAGAUAUCUUAGUAGAAACUGGGUCAGGGGACGCUCUGAAUCAUCAUUUGGGAGAAGGGCUUUGAGUAGAGCAAAUUAUCCCAGGCAGCAUUUUAGUUCUGAAUUUAGCACCCAGUCUUUUUUUGAAGGACGGGCAAAUGCCAGGAAUCAAAAUCAUCACAGUGAAGACAGAUCUCACCACCAUGAAAGACAAAGAUCCAGAAGUAGGUCCAACACUAGAUCUAGACACCCGUAUGUAGGGUCUGACAGGGUAAGAGUUGAAAAGCCAGGGGGAAAGAGAAAAUACAAAACUCGACACUUAGAGGAUUACCAUGGAACAACUGGGCCAAUUCAGGAAGAUUCUCUAUCAGAUGAGGAAGACUGUUCCCGGAGACCUUCAUCCAAGUUUGAGAACUCCUACAAAAAUGAAAUUGGCCUUUCAGAGAAUCCUAUGAGCAUACAGAAAAGAGACGAAAGAAACAAAAAGAGGCCACGGAGCCUAAGUGUAGAGAUAGUUUAUGAAGGGGCAACUGUUAACACAGUUUGUCUUCCUAAAAAGAAAAAAGAAAAGAAAAAGCACAUAGGAAACUCAUCCCAUUCAUCUCCAUCUGUGAUUACAAUUUAUAUUGAUAGUGAUGUGGAUUCAGAAGAGAAAGAAAAUACCAGAUGUGGCAAUAAUACUUCUUGGCUUGGUAAAAAUCAACUAAGUGAAAAACAGGCUGAUUUCGUCUCCUCUACUGUGGGACCAAAUGAAAAUAAGGAUGCACCGACACUAUUAGCUGACGCUAACAUACGAGCAGACUGUGAUAUUGCUAUUCGCAGUAAUGGCUUUGAUAAUGCCACUGAGCCUUUAGAUGAUCUUCCACUCCAGGAAACCUCAAAUGAUUAAAUUCCAGCUGCGCCAAAGGCAGCAUUGAUUCAAGCUCUAAAAACUUACACCAAGACAGUGAAGCUAAGUCAGCUGAGCCAUUAAGCAAAGCCUGUAUAGGUGAGGAAACUUCAGCAAUGAACUGAUCCAUCAGGCUGGCCACCAUCUUUAAAACAUAAUUUAGAGAUCAUUUUCCAGAGACACUGCGAAUGAUAUGAAGACUGUCAAAGCAUCUUAACGAUCAGUCUCCAAGGACUUAUCUGAAAAAGACUUAAAUGUCACUGUUUUAUGAUGCUGAUUAUUUUCAGGGAAGGCUUUUCUUUCUUUCUACGAAAACCUAUUGGAGGAUUUCUGAGUUGGGACUUUAUAACAAAAUAAUUUGUUUGUCCAAAUACUGUGCAAACUCAUUUAAUGGUGCAAUUUUAAGUUAAGGGAAGCCAACAAUGUUAAUAUUUAAAUACUUGUAGUUUUUUUCUAAAUUAAAGUGUAUAUACUAGAAGUUAAAAUUUUGUAAAGCCAUAUUGCGUUCUUUUUUUCUGUAAAGUAUUCAGUGACUAUUUUAAAAUUGAGGUUUUUAAGGUUAUUAUAGAGUUCUGUGAUGAACUAGGGCAACUUUUUAUGAUAGGAAUAGGUUUUAAUGUUUUGAAGGGGAAAAAUUGUAUAAUUCACAAAAAAGUCUUUUAGGUUGUAUUCAGAUGUUAUUUUGAUCUACAUGACUUGCCUUGACUUUGCCAAAAAAAAACUUUUCAUGUUUUUUAAUAUAGGUCUAAAGUGACUGCCAUUUCAAAGCACAUGUGAGUUCAGCAAAAACUCAAUAAAGCAAUA